GGUGAUGUUUCUUUACGAUUUACUCGAAUAGGUUUAGGUAUGGCAUUGCAUUUGUUGUACAAGAAAUCUCACUCAGAUAUGGCAAAGCUGUGAAAUUUACAUUUGAUCCUUCUCUCUCCUCUCUCUUUUACCUUCUUUCUUCUGAUUUACUUUCCGAGAUCUCAUAAUAUUUUGCUGUCCAAAAUGGCGAUACAGCUUUCCAAACCGAGAUAUUUUCUCCAGAACCAAACCACUCGUAUCUUUAAAAUACUCUCUGUCUUCGUCCUGUUCUACAUCUGCACCUACUUACUACUACCCCGGAUCCAAUCCUCUCCUCUCACUAUCACCGAAGAAGAUAUAUCCUUCGAACAACGUACCAGUCACAUCUCCAACAAUUUCCUUCCCGCCUCCAGCGCAGACCAACUAUGUGCUUCUCACUCCCUUACACCCUAUCCCCAUCGUUCGCAAAAACGUAAGAUUUACGAUCUUUUCAUGGUCAAUUCCGAGCUCGAUUGGCUAGAAAUCCGUCUCAAUGAAAUGAACACCGAAGUGGAUUAUUUCGUCAUUCUCGAAGCACCAACUACCUUUACCGGUCUUGCAAAAAAUAUGACCUUCCAAGAAAACAGAGCAAAGUUCUCCGCAUUCGAGGAUAAAAUCAUUUAUCACGUUUUGACCGAUGCUCCUCCCCCAGUCGCCAACACCACAUUACCCGGCUCCAAAGAAUACGAAGCGAAUGCAUGGAUCCAAGAGAAGUUCCAACGAGACGCCAUGUUCACCCAGGUAUUCCCCAAGCUGGAGCACGAACAGAAGCCCAUCGAAGGAGAUGUGAUACUCGUCUCCGAUAUUGACGAGGUAAUUCGACCUGCUACCCUUCAAGUCCUACGCAACUGCAAUUUCCCCUUGAUCCUUACACUGCGCUCACAAUUCUACUAUUAUUCCUUUCAAUUUCGACACCGAGGAGAACAGUGGGCGCAUCCCCAAGCGACAUUUUACCAGGGUCUGGAAAAUACCAUCAAACCACAUAGUCUCCGUAGUCGUCAUGGAGGGCAUGUACACGUGGACGAAAGAGAUAGUAAAGUGGUAGGAAAUUUGUGGAAUGCGGCUUGGCACUGCAGUAGUUGUUUUAGCACACUCAAGGAGAUGAGAAGAAAGAUGGAGAGUUUCAGUCAUACAAAUCUGAAUAAGCAGGAGUUCAGAAUGACGGAUAGAAUUGUGGACAGAGUCGGAAAAGGGAAGGAUUUAUGGGAUAGAUUUGGUCAGUGGUACAAAAGAGUCGACAACAACAAUGACAUCCCCAGCUAUAUCAAGGACCACCGAUCCAAAUUUGGAUACAUGGUUGAUCGCGACGGUGAAGGAGCCGGAUUUGUCGAUUACGAGGAAAUUAUUGAGAAAGAGAAAAAGGGGAUGGAUUUAAUUUGAGAACUUUUAUGGAUGAACUCUUUAAUGUUGUAAUAUGGUAUAUUUUAUGAGGACAUUUGCACUAGCAUUUGCGUACGGAGUUUGGGGCUUGGAUAGAUGAUUGGUUGCAUUCAUUGGAGUUUGGAAUUGGAGCGCAAGAUUCCCCAUAUUUAAGAAUUUAAGAAAGGAGACAAAGAAGCAAAAGAGAAGGAGUUAAAUUUUACAUGUUCUAGAAAGGGGUAUUUAGUGGAUUUCCACAACGUCUCUUUAGGGGUCUUGGAGAGCGGGGCAGCUGUGGGUAUAUAAUAGAACGAAGACACUCCAACUAAGAGCAUUGUGCUUUAUGCACAAUAAGCAUGCUGCCAAUAUCCAAACAGAAGAUUACACCUUAUCAAAUGAUCGGUUCAAUGCAUCCAACCUCCAAGUUUUCAGUCAUAUAAAUGCGCAUCCACUAGGACACA